AUGAUCGCAAAGCUAAAUGAUAAUACUGGGGAGUCUGGGGUUCAAGAAGAUGGCGUGCCCGUGUACGCCAUACGCGAGGUACCCAUUACUGCGGAGAGAAAACCAUGGUUUGACGUUAACGACCCCAAACUCCCGCAUCCAGCGGUGGCACGCGCAAACCUUGCACCUUCACUGGAUACGCCCCAAGGAAGCACACAAGACAACUGGGCUGAAAGACACUCUCAUCAAACCGUACUUCAACAGCACUGCGACUUCUUUGACCGUGACGGCGAUGGCAUUCUGUGGCCACAAGACACAUAUAUCGGUUUCUAUCGCUUGGGCCUCGGAGUCCUCUUCUCUGCUUUCGCGGUUCUAGUCAUUCAUAUCAACUUCUCCUAUCCGACAUCUCCGGGAUGGCUGCCAGACCCAUAUUUCCGCCUAUUCCUAAAGAACGUGCAUAGAGCAAGACAUGGAAGUGACACCGGAACCUUCGAUCCGGAGGGACGAUUCAUCCCCGCCAAGUUUGAGGAAAUCUUUACCAAGUAUGCGGAUGGCAGGGAUUACCUGACAAUCCAGGAUUUGAGGAAUACUUUGAUGGGUCAAAGAAACAUCAACGAUCCGAUUGGCUGGUGUGGUUUCAUUUUCGAGUGGACCGCGACGUAUCUGAUGCUUUGGCCAGAAGAUGGCCGGAUGAAGAAAGAGGAUAUCCGCGCUGUAUACGAUGGCAGCAUAUUUCAUCGAAUCGCAGACAAGCGCAAAAGAAGACUACAGCAGCAAGAGCAGCAAAAGAGGCAAAAAGGCCAAUAA